AUGGCCGACGUCCGCGCGCUGCUCAAAGCGAAACGACAAGACGCACGCAUCACGCACCCGCUCGUGUCGUACAACGCCGCCGGCGUCCUCCGCUGCCUCGCCUGCGGCACGCCCGUCAAGACCGCCUGGGAGGGCCACGUCGGCAGCAAGGCGCACCGGACGAACGCGGCGCGCCUCCGGCAGGAGCAGGCCCGCGAGGCGCAAGAGCAGGAGCGCGAGCGUGAGCGCGAAGCCAGCCUCAAGCGCAAGUCGAUGGACGUGGACGACGAUGACGACGACGAGGGCGGCGGCGGUGGAGACGGCGAUGGGGACAGGGACGGGGACGGGGACACGCGCAUGGCGGACGCGAAGAAGCGGCGGGUGAGCGAGGAGCCCGCCCCCUCGACGGCGGGCAGGGCGCACGCGUUCCCGGCGGACUUCUUCUCGGACCCGUCGAUGGCGCCGCCGCCGCGAGAGGACGACGAGGACGAGGAAGAGGGGGACGACGGCGGAGGACACGCGGGCGCACCGGCGGCCGUGGGCGGGCUCGACGCCGAGUGGGCGCGGUUCCAGCAGGCGGUCGUGAACGCGCCGGAGUACCACGAGACGUACGAGCGCGCGACGGUCGCGGCGGAGCCCGUGCUCGAGGCGGAGGUCCCCGCGGGGUUCCCCGCGGCAGCCCCUGGCCCUGGGGACGCGGGCGGGGCGGGGAAGGAGGAGGAGCUGGACGAGGAGGGUCUGAGGCGGAAGCGGGACCGGGAGGACCGGGAGCUGAUCAUGGAUCGGCUGAUGGAGGAGGAGCAGGCGCAGGAAGAGGCGGACGCGCGGGUCUCGGUGCUCAAGAACAAGCUCGAGGCGUUGAAGAAGAGGCGGGAGGCGGCCAAGGCCGCGGGGGAAAAAGGCGCGAAGUGA